CGGACAGAACGUUAUUCUGCUAUGUCAAGCUCCAAACUACAAUAUCAUAGUUGCAGAUUGGAGCAGAGCUGACCUGGGAUCAGAAUAUGUUCUUUUGUACCGGGAUGGACAUUUUGAUCCAGAUUACCAACAUCUAUCUUUUAAGGGUCGAGUGGAUCUGCAGGACAGACAGAUGAAGGAUGGAGACGUGUCUCUGAUUCUGAAGAAUGUGACGAUUAAUGACACUGGAACAUACGAGUGUCGUGUCAUCACGAGAGGAACAAACCGUGGGAAAAGAGCUGUUUUGAAAAAUAACCCCAUCAGCAUCAUCACCCUGAGUGUUGUUGAUCCUCCAGACAUAAACACCACAGCUGGACAGAACGUUAUUCUGACAUGUCGAGCUCCAAACUACAAUAUCAUAGUUGCAGAUUGGAGCAGAGCUGACCUGGGAUCAGAAUAUGUCCUUUUGUACCGGGAUGGAUGUUUUGAUCCAGAAAACCAGCAUCCAUCUUUUAAGAACCGGGUGGAUCUGCAGGACAGACAGAUGAAGGAUGGAGACGUGUCUUUGAUUCUGAAGAAUGUGAUGAUUAAUGACACUGGAACAUACGAGUGUCGUGUCAUACACAGAAGAAAACACCGUGGAAAAAGAGCUGUUUUGAAAAAUAACCCCAUCAGCAUCAUCCACCUGAGUGUUGUUGAUCCUCCAGGUCAGACAGGAGGAGACACAGAGGAUGGAGGGAAGGAGGAUGGAAGGAAAGAGGAUGGAGGACAUGGAGAGGAUGCAUCUGUUGGAUUGAAACUUGGCCUGUUACUUUCUGCUGAACACAGGAAACUAGAUGGUGGCUAA